AUGCCGUCUGUUACAGAUGCUGACCAGGGCAUCCUGGGAGGGGGUUCAAAGAGGUGCUUCGAAGGGCAAGUAGAAUACAGAGCCUCAAAGAUGUCAGUAUGGCGUCUGGAAAACAUUUGUAUCCGUUAUAUAGUGUCUAAUUUUGAUCAACGAGCACCGGAGGCCCUAAAUAAUCGUGGUCUGCCACGAUGGUUGUUGCGAAAACUGGAAAGGUUACGUGAACAAAUGCGAACAUUUGAACGUGUACACGUUCAGUUGUUAGAUAUCAAAAGUGGCCUACCAAUUUUACUAACUGACGAUACACAACUUGACUGGAUUGCUAAAUGUGCAGAAAUAUGGCACCAUCUGACGGCAACAACACGUCGUUAUCUGUUAGAGGACGAUAAUGUUGAUAAGGUGAUUAAAUAUGCUGCAUGGCGUGUAUGCAGUUAUGGUACACCCUAUUACAGUUUCCAGUAUGAUGAUGCUUGUAUUGAAGCAUCGCAAAUGGGUUGGCAUUAUGCGCUUAAACUAUGGAUAACACGUAUACCAGAGCCAGAAUUUGACACUCUUUGUGGACAACUGAUUUUGAAUGCAAUAUUGAACAACAAUUAUCAUUUGUUGCACGUUUUACCGUUAUGUGAUGUUACUGAAUCAUUUUAUCGGUUUUUUCCGGAUGGUCAUAUAACAGAAUUUUUGAAAAAACUUGCCGAUGCACCAACAGAAUGGAAAUUCUUUACAAAUACCAUUGGUAGAGCGCUCCUCGAAUGGGUGCCGCAGUUGGAUAUUAUCCGAGCACGAAGAGACUUGAGCAAAACUGAAGAGACCGCAAGCUAUGUCAGCUAUAUUGAUUUGCUAUUAGAUUCUUCAACUAAACGCAAACCGCUGCAUUAA